AUGAAUUGGACUGGAGGACGAUUGCAAAGACAUUCUAAGAACAGCACGAACACGGUCGUAAGCCGACAAAAGCAGCAUUUUGCACGCGUCCGAGCGCAGCUACAGAGCACCGCGUCUCCAACAGUUCCUUUCAUUCCAAGCUUUGCACAGGCAGAACAGGACCGUCUUGUCGGCCGCAAGGCUUACCAAGGCCGACCUCACAGGCGUGACAAACCAGAUCUGGACGCCAUACAUGAGCGUCCAACUGAAAGGACGCCCCUAAGCACGGAAUGGUAUCUUGGACGUAAUCUUGAUCAUUACCGCAGUCAAACUGAAGUUCCGAAACCCAAGCUUCUUCGGGAAAGAGCUGUAUCGAAAGAGAAAACCUUGCAUGUAGAGCGGCCCUUCAAACAGCAGGGCCAGCUGUAUGACCCCCAUGCUCGCCUCACUGACCAGAACCCACCAGAUCGAAAUGCACAAGAUAUGCAUGCUGCUGACGAUGGCAAUUUCGACGACGAAAGACGAAGGCUCCUUCAACAGGAUGACUGGGUAGGAAUAGCUCCGAGCCGGCCGCUGCAGAUGCACUUUCGCUCUCGUCGAGAGAAGAGCAGGGUAGGAAAGCGAAGAAAGGUCGCGGUAAAUAUGCGAGCACGGCACGGCCUCAGUUGUGAAGAAAUGAUCCACUUUUCAGUACCCCAAUUUCAAUAUGCACCAGGCAGCAUAGACGAUGAGGACAUCAGCAUCCGCAUCGGGCCUGAUGCACUCCCUUGGCAAUCCCCAGAAGUUGAGCGCUGUCGGCGAACUACCAGUCCUAGAAGCGAUCUCAUGCUGCUAGAUGCUGAGCCGACAACUGAGAAUCACCAGAUAAGGUCCAUGGUGAGCCCGUGCAUUGCUGAUCGAACAUCCAACUUUUACCGAGAAAGUGAUAUAUCACAACAGAAUGCCAAAGUUGCGUUCUCACCUGUUCCAGUAUCAACCCCUGGCUUAGGUUGUCGAAUCCUGGGCGAGCAAGGAGACGACGUGUCUAAUCGAGCUGCAGAAACCUGGAAUGCUGGCCGCAAAUGUGACAGGGGAGUUUUGCAGCCUCCUCGGAUGAAGUUGAACUCUUCAAUUACUCACGGCCCUGGUGUGCGUGAUGUGUUAGACAGUGUGGGCCACGGACCACAAUUACAUUUGCAUGGCCCUGUACGUGCAUACUUCCCGUCCAGUUCAGCGAGGCCACUGAAGAAUGCCUCCCCGAGCGUGUCGCGGGUCGACUCUAAUGUUGACUGGAGAGACUUCCUGGCGCUGCCUUCCCAGCAUUCAGCCUCGCCUCGACGUUCUCGUCAAAGGUCUGAGGAUUCUUCGCCAACAAGCAGUCUUCCAUGCUCGGCCAAGCCUCUUGAGUCUAUUUCCACGUCUUUGUUCGUUGACAGCUGGUGUGAACGGACCCACCGCAAUCAGAUAUAUCCUGACAUGGGCAAAUCACCAACACCACCAAAGGCAACCGCGGCAAUGCCUUCAUGUCCCCGGCGGAAGAGCGAAGGACUAGACAGUCCGCGACUCCACCUAGCAGUAGCUGGUGCUGCCACUGGCGACGAGGUGUGGAGGAAAUUUGUCUUUAGCGAUCGAUCAUUUACCGACUCUGCUGAAGGAACUGACGUGGAGGACCACAGUGUAGUGGCGACGGAUGGAGCAACAGUAGUAAAAGCAGCGAGAUCAAUUAUCUCCCAUUCUCUAUCACCUUCUGCAAGCGAACGAAUGAUCGUCACUUCUGAAGAAGACAGCGACAUGUCGCCGGUCAGUUUGGGCUGCUUUCAUGGUGACAUGCAUGCAAGGCAUGCACAGCAAUAUGACCUCGUCUCGACGUCAGCCAUGAGAACAAGUAAGAAACGAAUGUACGUGAUCGCGUCCGACUCCAUGUACAACCAUGCCUCACAGGACGACGCGCCAUAUGCGCUAGAAUCCCGGCGAUACGAGAAGGCAUCGUUACCGGAAGACGAUACCCCGAACAGCAAAUCUGCGAGAGCACCCACAUGGAGCGCCUCAACCAUCCUACCGCGACAGAAUCUCAGCUCUUUCUCAUCAAGCCUCGAGAAAAAUCUUGGGGUCCUAUAA